ACAUUAGAAUAGAAUCGACGAACACAGCUAAGACUCGCUCGAUGUCCGUCCACUUAUAAAAAUACUGCGGCUCAUGUGGGCUUCGAAUGCUUCUCUCCCAACCCAAAGCCACGCCUUCCCCUUCCCUUCCCCAUGACCCUCGGUCGCCCCAUGGGUGCCCCCGCCACCACCGCCCUCCGACCGCGAUUGGCCGACCGCCCGUGUCACCGACGGCGAGGAUCAUGCUAGCCGUCGCGACGUGGCUCCGCGCCCGCCACCGGAGCCGCCGCUGCCUGCUGCUGGUGCUCUGCUCCCCGCUGCUCGUCCCGCUGCUCUGCGCCGCCUUCCCCCUCCUCUGCGCGGCCGAGCUCUUCCUCCGGCUCUGCUGCCGGAAGAGGAGAUCGGGGGACGAGGGCGGCGGCGAGGAGGAGGAGGAGGAGGAGGCGGCCGCGAGGCUGCGGAGAUGCGAAGAGGGGCGCUGCGGCGGCGGCGGGGAGAGUGAGGUAGGGGUGUUGCUCCAGAGGUACUUGGAAGAUCAGCUGAGACUGGUGGGAACUGUGUACGAGUGCGGGGACGAUGGCGAUGGCGACGGCGACGACGGGGAUGUCGGGUUCCUAGAGAGUUGUCGGAGUCCUCUCCUCGCUUGAGUUUGAUUGGUAGAUAGGAUUCGAUUUGGUGGGGUUUGGGAUUUUUUUUUUUUUUUUUUUUGCCCUUUUUCCGUUUUUGGGUAUUUCGAUUUUGCUCAGUUUGUCUAUGAAUUUACCUCUCUGUACAUGAUGAAAUGCUGAUUAAAGGCGGGUAAUCACAGAAAAAAGAAGAAGCGAGAUUGCCCUUUGAUCAAGCGCCCUCUUGUUUGUUAUGUUUUGCUUUUCUCUCCUCAUUGAUUGAAUGUGAAAUGAAAUUUCGACAGUUUCUUGAACUUCUGACUUCGAA